AUGAAGGUUUAUUCUUGGGAUGUAUGUACAAUUUAUUUUUCUGACACACUCUUUAUUUCUUUCUUUCUUUUUUACUUUCUUUUCUUUCUUUUCACUUGCCCGUUUAGAUUCUUUCUUUCUUCUUUCUUUUCUUUUCUUUUUUUUCCUUUUCUUUCUAUUCUUUUAUUUUCUUUAUUUUCUUUCUUAUCAUUUGUCCGUUUAGAUUUUUCUUUCUUUCUUUCUUUCUUCCUUUCUUUCUUUCUUUCUUUCUUUCUUUCUUUCUUCCUUUCUUUCUUUCUUUCUUUCUUUUCUUUUUUUUCCUUUUCUUUCUAUUCUUUUAUUUUCUUUAUUUUCUUUCUUAUCAUUUGUCCGUUUAGAUUUUUCUUUCUUUCUUUCUUUCUUUCUUUCUUUCUUUCUUUCUUUCUUUCUUAUUGUACAUUUUUCUUUUUCUUUCUGUCUUUCUUUUUUCUUUCUAUAUUCUCCCUCCCCUUUCUCUCUUCUCCCUCCCUCUUUCUUUCUUUCUUUCUUUCUUUCUUUCUUUCUUUCUUUCUUUCUUUCUUUCUUUUAUUAAUUCUUUCUUUCUUAUCAUUUGCCCUUUCUUUCUUUCUUUCAUUCUUUCUUCGUCUCUCAUCAUUUACCCGUUUAAGUUCUUUCUUUCUUUCUUUCUUUCUUUCUGUUUUUAUCAUUUACCCGUUUAGUUUCUUUCUUUCUUUCUUUCUUUCUUUCUUUCUUUCUUUCUUUCUUUCUUUCUUUCUUUCUUUGUCUCUCAUCAUUUACCCGUUUAAGUUCUUUCUUUCUUUCUUUCUUUCUUUCUUUCUUUCUGUGCGUGUGGCGCUCCUACGCUAUGAUAAUAGCAACACGCCUCCAACCUAA